GAGCAUUUUGUCACGCAGACGGUGCUUGAAACGCGACGCAGCUUGAACAAACAAACAGAAAAUUGUUUGGUGUUUUUAAUUGGCGUCUUUUAACGUCAGACCUUUGGACUAGAAGCUUCUUAUCGCUGCAGGUGUCCCACUGGAGGGGAGCGGCGAGGUCACACACACACUCCCCAGCUGAACUACAAGCUCCGCGAGCAGAGUAGCAAUGAGAGGAGAGACCACUCCUCCGAGCGGAGGGCAAAAGUCCGGGCUGAACGAGCACUGCACCUGCAACGCCAUUCGCGAUGACAACCUGAUAUGGUCGGGAUUACUGAGCGAGACUUACAUUAAACUUGACGUCUCUUUUAGCUGAGCGCGUUUCCCCUCUCAGACAUAUCGUCUGUAUGUUUCUUGCUGUGUAUAUUAGUGGCUGCUGUGGUUCGGGAUGGUGUGCUGCCUGCCAGAGCAUCACAGAUAGUGACCUGUUUCCUCCUGGCCUGGAGAAGGACUCAGAGACUUGCUCCAUUGUUUUUGUCUAGCAACCAGGCAGAGAAGAGUAUGCUAGACAAGGCAUCAGCUGUUGUAUGGUGACCGGAGACAAGACAAGAGCCUGCUUUAUGAACGCUUCUUUUGCAGAUACAUCAGAGACGUGCAGUCAGAGAUACAACAGUGUACCGCUUGACUAGAGAAUGAAUAGUGCGCUUGGCCUGCCACAAUGCUCAGCAUUCACACCUGUCGGGAAAGAUGCCGUUUGCUCUAAAUCUUCAAGAAAACCACCAAGCUUCAAUAGCCAACAGGAACAUGAGCCAAGAAAGAGGAGGAGGAACACUGUCAAGAUGCUACUAAAGCUGAACACCUCUGUCCUGGUUUGUGGAUCACUCAAGCACUGACAGCCAGGGACAUUUUGCCUAUGAAAUAACCUCAGAGAGACCUUGCAGGCAAACUGACUGUGGACUGUUUUUUAAAUUGAGGGCUAAGUUGGACGGCUGUCCAGCCCCAAGGCUGCUACACUGACAGAUCAGCCAUUUAGAAGGUUUUUCCAUCAAUACCAUGUCAGCCUAAAGGAAUCUAAAUAAUAAUAAUUACAAAUGCUUUAAAACUAACAACUGCAUCUUGCACACUUUCAGUUUUCUGGUCGGCCUGGUUAUGUUCAUGCAGGCAGUCUUAUAAAUAUACUCUGGAGUCUGGACUGCACCUGUCAGUGACAUCACAAAACUAAAGAGGAAAACUUCCCAAGGAGCCACUGCAAAUCAAAACCAAAAGUCAGUAUAUUAUUAGAAAUGAUUUAAGUAUAAGCUGAGGUGAAGGACACAAAUAAUAAGCAAGUCCCAACCCUGAGGUGAUCUAGAAUAUUUCCUUGCUGUCCUUUCUCUUUCUGCACUCUGUUGGGGAAAUGACUGAAAGUGAACGCACCAGUGAAUGAUCAACUGCUCUGCCACUACUUUAUACAGUAAUUCUUUAAGAAUGAGCCAUUUCUGUCACAUACACCGCGGGCCCCCCCUCCAUGUCAAGUCGCCAUUAUGCACCAGCAUAUUUCUACAGCAGCCCUAAAUGGACAAAAACUUUGUUAGAAGAACUGUAGCCAGGUGUCCUCUCACGGUUGGGACCAGUCCUGAGCACCAUUAGCAGUGAACAUCAUGUCAGAGCUGGAGGAUUAUUCCCCUCCGAGGGGCCACCCCCAUCCUGACCCUGCUCGCAUCCAGCAGAACCUCCUGGAGGAGCAGGUGGAGCUCUGGUGGUUCAGUGAGCCACGCAAAUCCUUAUUAUGCUACUGCGCUUCAGUGGCCUUGAUCUUAGGCUGCGGCCUGGGCGGCGUAGGCCUCCUUUCCACCACCACCAGCCUUUCCAGCGAGUGGCGGCUGGGCGCUGGAACCACUCUUUGCCUUCUCGCUCUGGCUGUCCUCCUCAAGCAGCUGCUGAGCUCCGCUGUCCAGGACAUGAACUGCGUGCGUAGCAGGCAACAGAUCAACAUGAUAAAAAGUGGCGGUUUAUCUGACGUCCUCAUCAUGUUGAUCACGGGAAUAUCUCUGCUCAUCUCUGGGGCUGUGCUCCUAGACAUGGCCUUGGCCUACCACAUGCCCAAACCCGGCAAGGCACUGAAUGAUAUGUAUAUAUCUGGGUUGGUGAUGCUGGUGGUUGGGAGUUUCACAGUGUUAGCGGUCAGCAUUUAUGCUGCAGCAUCUUUUCUCUUAGAGAGGACAGGGCCUGGACAGAGACGGUGGGAGAGGACAGUGGGGAUCUUCAGCAUUUCAGGCCAGAUGCAGGCAAGGAGAAGAGAGACUGCUUCGAGUCUGGCCCAACUGAUAUAACUGGGACUGCAAAAUAAAUACGCCAUUCUUUCACUGAACAGGAACUAAAAUGCUCUCAAAGAAACGUUGCACCUAUUAAACUAAGGCACAAAUCACAUGUGACAUUUACAAUUGCGUUUCACAAACAAACUGAUUUACAUUUUGGCUCAAGGUUUUAGGCAUUAAAUCUUUGAGGGUAUAAGCACAAACAUUCAUCUUUUACAUGCUUCAUUCCAAUAAAGUACAGUUAAAAGUACUGAAAAAGCACAAAAACAAUCUAAAAUUUGAUCUUUAAUGAAUUGAUUUUAGGUAAAACAUGCUGCUUUCUCUUCAUUGCUAUUGGACAACUACAUUAUGUGUGUGUGUGUCCUUGAUGGCUUUAUUUAUGCGGGCAAAGGUGAGCAUACCAAGCGGUUGUCCAUCUGAGGAUGUCUUUAGUGGCUCUGAUGUGUGUAUGUGUGUGUGCGUGUGUUUGUGUGUGUGAGUGAGUGAAUUGACCAGCUGUGUCAUUUUGCAUGCCUGUGAUUUUACACUACAAUCUGUGCAGGCGAAGCUAUGGAUCAAAUAAAGGAUCAGAAUGUCAAUCUGGAGAA